CAGCGGAAGUCCUUUGUUGCAGCACAGUCCCUGGCAGAGCCAGAACCUCUCCGCGCAGCCCAGCCCGAGCGCCGCGCGCCGCCGCCACUGCAGUUCGCGGCCCCUUCGCCUCCGCCCGCCUUUCCCGCGGCUGAUUUGCCUUAAACUCCCUAAAAUCUCCGCAGCCCCGGUUCCUGCUGCGGCCGGUCUCUAAUUAAUAGAAGAUGGCAAAGCCCAGCCACAGCAGCUACGUCCUUCAGCAGCUAAACAACCAAAGGGAGUGGGGUUUUCUCUGUGACUGUUGUAUUGCAAUUGAUGACAUUUACUUUCAAGCACACAAAGCAGUUUUAGCUGCUUGUAGCUCCUAUUUUAGAAUGUUUUUCAUGAACCAUCAGCACAGUACUGCACAACUGAAUCUCAGCAACAUGAAAAUUAGUGCUGAGUGUUUUGAUCUCAUUUUGCAAUUUAUGUAUUUAGGAAAAAUUAUGACAGCUCCCUCCAGUUUUGAGCAGUUUAAAGUGGCAAUGAACUACCUGCAGCUGUACAAUGUUCCCGACUGCUUAGAGGACAUACAGGAUGCAGACUGUUCUAGUUCGAAGUGUUCAUCUUCUGCUUCUAGCAAACAGAACAGCAAAAUGAUAUUUGGGGUAAGAAUGUAUGAAGACACUGUGGCUAGAAAUGGUAAUGAAGCUAAUAGGUGGUGUGCAGAACCAAGUUCAACAGUAAAUACACCACAUAAUAGAGAGCCUGAUGAAGAGUCUUUACAAUUAGGUAAUUUUCCUGAACCACUAUUUGAUGUAUGUAAAAAAAGUUCUGUGUCCAAAUUGUCUACUCCAAAAGAACGUGUAUCACGACGCUUUGGACGGAGUUUUACCUGUGAUAGUUGUGGAUUUGGCUUUAGCUGUGAAAAAUUAUUAGAUGAGCAUGUGCUAACCUGUACUAACAGACAUUCAUACCAAAACACAAGGUCCUAUCACAGAAUAGUAGAUAUUAGAGAUGGAAAAGACAGUAAUAUCAAAGCUGAAUUUGGUGAAAAGGAUUCUUCUAAAACAUUUUCUGCACAGACGGACAAAUACAGAGGAGACACAAGCCAGGCUGCUGAUGAUUCAACUUCUACCACUGGAAGCCGAAAAAGUAGCACGGUGGAGUCUGAGCUGGCCAGUGAGGAAAAAAGCAGAGCUGCUGAGAGGAAGAGAAUCAUUAUCAAGAUGGAGCCAGAAGAUAUUCCUACAGAUGAGCUGAAAGACUUCAACAUUAUUAAAGUUACGGAUAAAGACUGCAAUGACUCCACUGACAACGAUGAGUUAGAAGAUGAGCCUGAAGAGCCGUUUUACAGAUACUAUGUUGAAGAAGAUGUCAGUAUUAAAAAAAGUGGUAGGAAAACUCUAAAACCUCGGAUGUCGAUAAAUGCUGAUGAGAGAGGUGGUUUAGAAAACCUGAGGCCCCCUAACAACAGCAGUCCAGUGCAAGAGGAUACUGAAAAUGCAUCUUGUGAGCUGUGUGGACUCACAAUAACUGAGGAGGACCUGUCAUCUCAUUACUUAGCCAAACAUAUUGAAAAUAUCUGUGCAUGUGGUAAAUGUGGACAAAUACUUGUUAAGGGGAGACAACUUCAGGAACAUGCUCAGAGAUGUGGAGAACCCCAAGAUCUGACGAUGAAUGGCUUAGGAAAUACUGAAGAGAAAAUGGACAUGGAAGAGAAUCCUGAUGAGCAGUCUGAAAUAAGAGAUAUGUUUGUUGAAAUGUUGGACGAUUUUAGGGACAGUCAUUUCCAGAUAAACAGUAUCCAAAAAAAGCAGUUAUUUAAACAUUCUGCCUGUCCUUUUCGAUGUCCUAAUUGUGGCCAGCGUUUUGAAACUGAAAAUCUAGUGGUUGAACACAUGUCUAGCUGCUUAGACCAAGAUAUGUUUAAGAGUGCCAUCUUGGAAGAAAAUGAAAGAGAUCACAGACGAAAGCAUUUUUGUAAUCUGUGUGGAAAAGGAUUUUAUCAGCGGUGUCACUUAAGAGAACACUAUACUGUUCAUACUAAGGAAAAACAGUUUGUUUGUCAGACAUGCGGAAAGCAGUUUUUAAGAGAACGUCAGUUGCGACUGCACAAUGAUAUGCACAAAGGCAUGGCCAGUGGUGAAAUAGGGCCUUCUAAACUUCUGGAGAAGUGAGAUCUGAAUUUGGAGAGGACAUGGGGAAGAAUCAAUCUUCAGCAGAUAAUCUUUAAGUCCAGACCCAGGAAUAUCAGAUCUGAAGUGACACCAUCUUUUCUGUCUUCCUGACAAACCUCAUCAACCCCAAAAGUUCCAGUUACAAGGAUCCAAGAAAACUCAGUAAAGACCACUUUGGAAUCACUUUGUGACAAAAUUGAUUCAUGGUGACUCUCCUAGUAUUUGUGGAAAAUCUGCUAAAGAAAAGUAACUAGAAUAUUCAUACGACAUCAGUGGUUAAAGCUACACUAAAAUGAAACUUUAUAUCCUAAUUAUCGUCAAGGGUCCCUUCUAAAAUAAAAGGGCUUGCUAGGCUACUAUAAAUAUAUUUAAAGAGAGAUAGUCACAUAUCUGUGUAAACACAUAUAAUUCUAAACUUAAAAUAAUCUGAAUUACAGUUUACAUAUAUGAAAUGUAGUUAGACAAUUUAAAAAAUUACACCCCAAAAUCUGUAGUUUAGGAGUAUAAAUAAGAGAUGUGGGUACAGAGAAAAAAAAUGCAAGACUAACAUUUUAACAAGAAAAGAUAAUCUAGUUAUUACUCACUGUUAUGUAACAUUUGCCCUUCCUCCUUUUUCACUGUGUAUACCAGUCACGAACUUGAUUAUUAAUAUUAAUGAAGAUCGCUUUUAAGUCUGUUAACUUGAAGGAAAAACAGAAGUGGUAUUACUUUAAUAGUGGUACAUUUUCACAAAUCACAGGCAACCAAAAAGAAUGUAUCUUAAGACAGAUUAUUUUCUUAAGUUAGCAAUAUAACCUACUAAGGCAGAAUGAGUUUCCGCUAAACAUUUAUUCUUGAUAUUAAUGUAAAAUACCAUGCUUCUCAGCUUUCAAAUUUCAAGAUAAAAUUCAACUAAGUAUUGAAUGAAACAAUGGUUAACAUGUUUUAAAACCUUUCAUGGGGAAAUGGAAUGUUUGGUGAGCUUUUAACCUAGCUACAAAUACUUUUUUUUAUAUAUACAUACAUAUAUGCUCAUACACACAUUCUUAACCAUAUGGACCUUACAGCCUUAUUAUUUCCUUAUUGUGAAUAUACUUGUAGUUUUACUUUUGGUUAAGUGUGUACCCAAUUCCUUAUUAUUGUUUCUUGUGCAAUAUCAAGAUGUUAUAUAUUUUCAGAAAUGCUUAUUUUGUUUUUAUGCCUAUUUCUUCAAAUGUUUUAAUAAGGAUUUGCACAAAGAGAUCUAACUUAAGAGUAUACUUUAUAAUAGUAUAUGCAGAAGUUAAGUCAUUUAAAGUUUAGCUAUAAAGCAGGAUGAUAACUUGAAUAUUCAAAUAAUUAGACUAACAAAAAAAAUCAGAGAAAGAGUUCAUUAGAAUGUGAUAGUAGGUAUAGGGGUGAGAAGGGAGAAGAGAAAUCCACUAAAGACUUCAUAUGAAUUCAACUGCUUUAAGAGAAAUAAAACUAGCCUAGAGAAGUGUUAAACUCUAAAAAAGAACUAUAGGUAAUUUCUUUUGGAAGCAUGAGGAAGCCUAUAGGACUGCAGACUUCUAACAAAUAGGAAACAGAAAAGAUAAAAGAAUAUUAUCAAUAAUUAAAGGUUCCAGAUAAUAUAGUAGAGACUCAACACAUAAUUUUUGAUUGACUGGUGGUGGAAUUCGAUUUACAAAAGAAAUAUGGCUUAAAUUUUGACUGUACUAAAUUAUAAAUGUAAUAAAUUACAAUAAUUGAGUGAUAUAAAUGCAUUCUAUAAUGUGAUUAUUUUCUGUAUAUUAGCAAAAAAUGGAGUUAUUGGGUUACAUAGAGAAUUUUUGUUACAUUUUAUAAUCCAUUGCUUUUACCUAAUAAAAUUUCCUUCUCUAUGUUCAGAAGUUAAA